ACCACCGGGCCCCCCCGGCGCCCAAGCCGUCCCCUCAGCCGAUGCCGGCCUCGUAUGCCACGGCGUCCUCCUCAGCCGGGCCCCCCUUCAGCGUCCAGGUGAAAGUGGCCAAGCCGGUGGUGGGCUACAACCAGCCCAGGCGCAGGGCCGAGCCAGCCUACGGGCCCCCCUCCCCCCAGCUGGGAUAUGGGGCGAAGCCUCCCCCGCAAUACGCCUCCGAACCGGGGUCUCGGGCCCGCCCCCACGAGGCCGAGCCUUGGUAUCCAGAACCGCCCUCCUACGGCCGGAGGCUGGGUGAGGGGGACUUCUACACCGGCCCUGCAGGGCAGGCCAGGCUGGGGGCGCCACUGGGCCAGUACCAGGCUGGACUGGUGAAAGCCGGGAAGGACGAGUUGGCUGCACCCCAGAUUCCUGCCGGCACUGGGGGGCUGAGGUUUCCCCAUCAGCCUCCCCCAUGCCGCCCAGAAGAGGAGUUGGACCGACUUACGAAGAAACUUAUCUACGACUUGAACAAUCCUCCAACUGCAGAAUAUUUUGGCCGCUGCGCUCAGUGCGGGGAGAAUGUGGUGGGCGAUGGCACCGGCUGCGUGGCCAUGGACCAAGGCACUGCAGCUUUGGGGAAGAGUCAGUGGGUCGGCAGCACUGCGUCCCCAACCCUCCCGCUCUGUUCCGAAAUGGGAAGCAGCUUCCUGUUCGCUGGGAAACUGGCAGACCGAUGCGAUUGUCAAGUCGCUGCUGUCCCAUGA